GUGGAAAUCAGCAGUGUAGCAGAGGAGUGCCACAGCCAUACUCACAGUGGUACCUACCUGGGUGAGAGGCCAUGCGUCAGCUCUGCUAGAGAGAGCUCAACCCUAGCGACUGUUCACACUAAAGGAAGACAUCCGACUACUUGUACCUACUGUCCUAACGAGGCCGGUCGUAUGCUACAGAUCACAUCGGACAAGUCUGGAUUACAAGGCUAACAUCUUUUAAUGGAACCAGACCUGCGGACUAGAAGAUAUCAUGAGGCCCAACAAGCUUUGGACCAAGCCCCCUCUGUUAAUCCUCCUGGCUGUGCAUUUGUUCCCCUGGACCAUCUACACACAAGAUGCUGAAUGUUGGCCAGAGAUUAGAGUACAUCGGAAUACAGUUAUGAGCGCUUCACCUGGAGAGGACCUGAGGAUUGAGUGCCCCGUUCACUUGUGCAACUACUCACAACCAGUGGUCUCAUGGUGUAAACUGGAUUUUUCAAAUAACUGCAGUCCUUUAAAUCGAUCUGCUCAGACUGAAACCCACUGGCAGAAUUUGAAAGGCAACACAGGGAUCUCAAUCCUAAAUUUGAAAGAUGUAUCUACAAACGAUGCAGGUCAAUAUAGGUGUCAAUAUAGAUCUGACAUGAGUCAUAGCAUCGAGAUCAGAGUCUCAGAGAGAGCAGACAUCUCCACAGUUGUGUGUGAGAAGAAUGAAACAACCAGCUCUCCACAUCCAAAUCCUGAAUUAGAGUGGCUUUUGCCUUACAUCUACCCUGUGGUGGGGAUUUUAGGGCUUGUUGUCGUGGUGAUGACUACAUCCAUCUUAUUGAUGCGAAGAAGUCGAGGUCGACCAAAGAACACUGAUCCAACAGAAAAUAAAUACACGGCUAUACCAAUGACACAACAAGCAUUGCCUGACAUCAGCCCCCAGCCCUACCCCAGAGCAAGCCCCCGUCAGCCCGUACCCACCAUCUACGACAACGCACCCUCCAGGAGACCCCCCCGCGCCCAUGCACCUCCCAGCCGGCCCGCUGCGAAUCCCAAGGCCUUACCAGAGGACAGAGACCAGGGCAACAGGAAGCCAUGCGAAAGGGAGAGAGAUGAAGAGAGUCUUCUGUACGCUGCACUCGACCACCAGGCUCUUCCUGGGGCCACAGGCCGGCCCCAGAGGCCCCAGGAGGAGUGCUCUGAGUACGCAGCCAUCCGUGUACACUGAACACCUGGCCAACACAACAUGCUGAGCCACUGACUUAAUUCCCUCCGAUGCACAGGACUUUCUUCACUUUAUGUUGCACAGAUUUUUUUGUUCAUUUGUGUACGUAUGAUGUCGGGUGGUUAAUGACAUUCCCACUUCCAACAAACAGCACUAUCAGUAACAUCUGUAAAACUGUGACAAACUUGUUUCUGUUAAUCCUCCUGUUUCACCUCAGAAGUGAGAGCUGUCUGACUAAUGAAAAGCCCCCAUGGUUUUACUGAGGUGUUGGAGUUUUACGAAGACAGUUUUUUUCGCUGCUUUGUUGGUUAUGCUGGGAUGUGAUCCUGCCUUGCACAAACCCUAACCCACAUGUGCACUUACAGCCACAUAUCCUGUUUGAAACUUUGAGAGUCUCAUCGACGUCUGAGUGCACACAUGUUUGCACGUACAAUAUGUAGAAGAUAAAUAUGAUCAUGUUAAUUUAUGUAUAUUGUGAAUGUACUGAUCUCAGACCAGUGCACAAACACCUGAACUGCAAACAGUAAUCCAAAGGUGCUCUAGAUUACUUACUAUAUCUACAGCUGCGUUACGGUCAUUUACAGCAAAGGAGGCGAACCACAUAUCUACUGGACUUGCCUGGGUGUUACAUUAGUGUUAUGAGUUAUUUCAUAACGCUAAUUUCAGCUGCGGCAGACUUAGGGGCCAACAUUGAUGUCAAAGUGGUCUAGUGGUGCUGGCCAUCUCACUUCUCCAGAAACUGCUUUCAGGAAAUGAGAACUUUCAGUACUCUACAGUACUGUUUGCCCUUAACUUUAAUGGACAUUUUAAAACCAUACUGUACUGUACUCUGUGGUUAUGAAAGUGUGAAAGUGUGCCCCCCACUAUCGCCCACGCACACUGUCACACUUAUGGCAUAAGUCCGGAAGUACAUCACGUAACAUUGUACAAUGAUGUGUAUGACAUCAGAGAACGGGAACAUCACAACUAAAUGUAUUUGUGAGGGAACUGUGAAAAAUCCCCAUGCAUUUGAUUAGCAUUUUUCAAUGCUAUGUACGGGGGACUAACAAGAACCAAACGUUUUCUUACAACAGUGUUCAGUGUUCUUACUAAAGUGUAACACUUUUGA